AUGGGCACCCGCCCAACAUUCGGCCAGUGGCUAAAGUGGACAUGGCUCGACAUCAUCACCAUGGCAGCAAUGGGCGCUGUCGGCCUUGGCGUCUACAUGGCACAUCCGGCCCCUACGCGGUCGUUUGCCGUGACGUUCACGAGCGAUGGUGAAGUUGUCUAUCCCGAAUUCGCCUACCCCCUGCGCAAGGAAAUCAUCCCCAUUUGGCUCGCUGCGUUUCUCGCUUCUGUCAUCCCUAUCGUUAUCAUUCUGGCCAUGCAGAUUCGCAUCCGCUCAUUCUGGGAUGUCAACAAUGGUGUCAUUGGUUUACUCUACUCUCUCAUCACUGCAGCUGUCUUCCAGGUGUUCCUCAAAUGGUUGAUUGGUGGACUACGACCUCAUUUCCUCACUGUCUGCAAACCCGACAUUAGUCUCGCAUCAAACGCCGCUGGCGUCGUUGGCGCAGGCAACAAUGCCGCUGGCUACCAACAGAUCUACUACACGCGCGAGAUUUGCACUGGUGACAUCGACGAGAUUGACGACUCACUCGAGUCUUUCCCAUCUGGCCAUACCACCGCUGCUUUUGCAGGUUUCGUCUAUCUCUAUCUCUACCUCAAUGCCAAGCUCAAGGUCUUCUCCAACUACCACCCCGCCAUGUGGAAGCUGAUUGUUGUCUACGCUCCAAUCCUGGGUGCUACCUUGAUCGGAGGAGCUCUCACCAUCGAUGAGUUCCACAACUGGUACGAUAUCCUUGCCGGUGCCAUCAUCGGUACCGUCAUGGCCUUUUCUGCCUAUCGCAUGUGCUAUGCUGCGAUUUGGGACUGGCGCUGGAACCACAUUCCCCUCAACAGAGGAGCUCCUUUCGAAUUUGGCAACCCUGAGCUCGCCAACGCCACUUUCACACGCCGUGUUGGCUGGGGCACUGGCACAUCUGGAACAUUCCAUGAUAAGCACCACCACCACAAUGGUGCAGGUUACACCAACGGCGAUGGCAUGACAAGCUCAGGAGCAAAUGGACAUGGCAUUGCGCACCCCCGUAAGGCGGUUGGUACCGGGCCGGCCCGACGAGCUGAUGAGAUGGUCUAA